AUGAAGAGGGUCCUGGAGCUCCACUUCAAAAAACCCAACUCACUGAGUUUAGCAACUAUAAUGAAGUUCUCAGAAGCUCUGUUGUUCUUGGUCAUUUUACUUCCAUUUUUUGCAGUAGUAUCAGCACAAGGUAAGAAAGAGUGGAACGACUUACCUUCCUGUGAUUUUCCGGCAAUAUACAAUUUUGGAGAUUCGAAUUCCGAUACCGGAGGCGCGGCGGCGGCAUUUUUCCCAAGGGUAGAACCACAGGGCGUGUCAUAUUUUCACCGACCCGCUGGCCGGGUUUCGGACGGCCGUCUCAUCAUAGACUUCAUUGCUGAGCACCUGGGUUUACCACUGUUGAGUGCGUACCUGGAUUCAAUCGGAACCAGUUUCCGGCAUGGAGCGAAUUUUGCGGUCUCAGGGACAACAAUCCAGAGGCUGAAUGAGUCGUGGUUCGAAAGUGGUAUACCUCCGUUUCCCCUGGACAUUCAAGUGGAACAUUACAAUCAGUUCAAAAACCGAACUGCAUACUUCUACAAUCUAGCCAAGAAGGAAUCUGAUAUCAACAGCCUAAACAGGCUACCUAGACCACAGGACUUCUCCAGGUCUCUCUACACAAUUGACAUGGGUCAAAAUGAUAUUGCUCUCGGCUUCCGACAGAACAUGACCAAGAAGCAAAAGCAACAUAUUGCCACCUUGCCGGCUGUUAUCGAACAAUUCGCAUUACAAAUCCGGAGCAUGUAUGCGAUAGGAGCAAGAGUAUUCUGGAUACACAACACGGGUCCCUAUGGGUGCCUUCCGUAUACAACUUGGAAGAUACAAGAUCGCCGGCUAUUGGACGAACAUGGCUGUUACAAGAGUCGAAUUGACGCAGCUAACAAGUUCAACAGAGAGCUCAAACUUGCUGUUAUCAAACUCAGGGCAGAACUUACGGAAGCUGCGAUAACUUAUGUGGACAUGUUCAGGGCAAAGCAUGAACUAAUCAUUAAGGCCAAAGAACUAGGAUUUGAGGACCCAUUCAAUAUCUGCUGUGGGAUUCAUGGACUCAACUACGACGUUGGGUGUGGGGGUAAAGGAAUCAUAAAUGGAACUUUAGUCUAUGCUGGGUCCUGCACAAAUCCUUCAAAAUUCAUCAGUUGGGACGGGCUGCACUACACUGAAGCUGCAAAUCGUUGGAUAGCUAGUCAUUUAGUCAAUGGUUCAUUUUCAGACCCACCAAUACCAAUAACACGAGCAUGCCAUAGACACAUUUGA